AGAGGGAAGAAAGGCAAAUCUGAUCUGGUAGGGUACCUUUCCCUAAGGUUUCAAUUUUAAGUCAUUCAGAUUCGUACUUCUCUUCCUUCUGUUCCCUUGGUUCCUGGACUUCCCUUGGGGCUAUCUGAUGCCUCAGACUUUUCCCUGCUUUAAUCCCUCUUGCUCAGGUGCUUUCACUCCCUCUUCAGAAGGCAGGCAUCCUACCUCCAGUUACUCCAUCCUUUGCCUUCCCUUGCUUUUCCUCCAUCUAGCCAGACUGGUUUGAAUCAGCCACACCCCCUUCCAGCUUCUGGGGAUCUUCAGAUGGUGGCUGGCCACUGAACCCCACCCCUGGGCUUGGCUUGGAGCCCUGAGUCAGCUCCAUCUCCACCCAAGCCAAAUCAAACCUGAAGCAGGAGCCGAAACUCAAACAGUUCCUCAAGGCCUAUCGCCAGGUGAUGGAGGACGAGGAGAAUGCAGCGGAGAGCCUGGUGUGCAACACGGAAGCUGCUUGUUCUCCAUCCCCCAUUCGCUGCUGCUGGCUCCGCCUCCGCUGCUUAGCAGCUACUAGCAUUAUAUGUGGCUGCUCUUGCCUGGGAAUAGUGGCCCUUGUGUUUGCCAUCAAGGCGGAAGAGCGGCAUAAGGCAGGCCGGUUGGAGGAGGCAGUGCACUGGGGGGCCCGGGCCCGGAGGUUCAUCCUGGCCAGCUUUGCCGUCUGGCUCACUGUCCUCGUUCUGGGCCCCCUGCUUCUAUGGCUGGUCUCCUACGCCAUCGCGCAGGCUGAGUGACCCUGGGUGGCCUUUGCUGAGAGUCAGCCGAGACAUCCUGGAUCCUCCAAUGCAGUAUUGUGAGGGUCUGGUGCCAACAAUGGUUACUUCCUGGCUGGAAGGAUGGUGCCUCUCUCAAAGGGCUUUGGAAGAGCUCUUUAGCCUUUUCUAAAAGGCAGCAGCUGAGACUGAUGAGGGGAGGUCAGCCUGCUCUAUUCUUUCAGUGCUCACCAACCCCUAUUCCCCCCAAUCUACUCCAUCCUAGGGGCCUCUAGGAGGGGAGGUUGAAGACCAGGCCUGAUUUUAUUAGUAUUUGUUUUGUAAUAAAAAUCUUUUUAGUGGUGAAA